AUGGACAUCACACUUCAUAAGCUCAAAUACGCGAUGGGGAAGGAACCUGUGAAUGGAUUCAAGGCGAUAGACAAGUACUCGGACUUCAAGUACAUUGCCAAGGUGAAGGAGAUACUUGGGCUUGAGCAGUUUAAGAGAAUCGAGGACUCUUUCUUGGGUCCGGUUUUGCAGUUCUGUUCGAGGGAUCUAUCUAUGUCAGGAAAGAUGAACCACACAAUUCUGACCAAGACCCUGAAAACCAAGAAAGAAAAGGAGCAGUGGUUUCAUUUUGGUGGACAUCCUAUGAGGUUCUCUAUAAGAGAAUUCCAUAUGAUCACGGGGCUGAAAUGCACCGAAUGGUUGCCUGCUGAUGAGGAAGAGGCAAACCACUAUGAUUGGUCUCGAUUGGAGAAUGGACAUUCACCCUACGACCUGAUAGAACUCAUGGUCGAAGCCGGAGAGGAUGCUCAUGAUGAGAGGUUUUCUUUGGCUAUGGUGCUGCUCAUAGAGACAAUUUUUCUUCAUAGGUAUUCGAAGGCUAUGUUCCCAACAUCCAAUCUACAAAAAGCGCAACACAUAGAUGUAUUGCUGAAUCAUCACUGGGGGAUAGAUGCUUACGAAAUGCUGCUAAAAUCAGUGAAGAAGACUGUAGAGAAGAAUCUAGAAAAGUCCAAGUACCCUCUGGACGGGUUCCCUUAUGCGCUUCACCUAUGA